AUGUCCAAUCCGUCGUUUGGAGGCCCAAGAGAUCGUCCAAGUAAGUUAUUGCGAAUUGUCUCUUUGAAUAUCAGAGCUCUCUUUGUCUUGCCAACUCAAUAGCGGAUGUUUAGCGCUGGCUUGGCAAUUCAAGUUUAUAUAGUUUGACGUAGUAAUUUUUGUAUAGCUGGACAUAUUUACUUUGCGUUUCAGCUCAUACGAGGGGUAAUGUUAUUCGGAGUGGCGCGCGCGUUGAAAAUUCGCCGCUGUGAGCAAAACGACAAGCGAUGCAAUCAUUUGGAGUAAAAUGAACAAUAUAGGCUUAAUCCGACGCAGAUAAUACGGUUUCGAUAAAAUUACUCCAUGAAAGAUUUUCGGUUAUCACGAUAUGUCCAAGCAAAAUCUUGUCUUAUCUGUUAACAAGAAUUUUCAAAUGUGAUCGUUUCAACGUUUUGUUUUGGAAAUUCGAUUUGCCGGAGGAUUUCCUCAGGCAAAUCUCCUCUGGUAUUAUGAUUAUAAGCUUAAAUUAAAAUUUGUCAAAGCUGCGCUCUAUUGAAUCGUUUUUGACCCAGUUCAUAUUGUUGUAUGUCUUUGCAAAUGACCAAAUUUUGUGAAUACUGUAGAUGGAUGCAUGCUAUGAUGCUAUCGGGCUAAAUGCUCUAAACUGAAGGCAUGACUUGUUAAGGUUUAUAAGUACUGUAUACAUUAAUUAGUAACUCUGCAAGCGCAAGCUCACACAGUGCGCUAUUGUUUUCACUUCAUUUAUAAACCAAAUAACAUUGUAGGGAAUUCGGCCCAUAGCAACAAAAUCAUUAUAGCUCUGGAUAACAGAUUUGAGUAAAUUAAACGCAAACAUAAGAACUGUAGAUGGUCGCUUUUUUUACCUUUUUUCAGAGCAGAACUGUGCAUGAACAUGCAUGCAGGUUUUGCAAAGUAAGAACAGCUUCAAAGCCAAAUUUACAGCUGCUUAGCAACUUCUACACUGUAGAACUGACCUUUUAUAGCACAUUUGUGGUGUGUAAAGUAACAAAAAAUUAAAAAGACCUCACACUGAUGUUUAAUGAACUAAUGAAAUCAAAAUUGAUAUGUAGCUGUAGAACAUGUAGUAUGUAUUAAUAGUUUGUAUAGUAUAGUUUUAUGGCCCAUUCAAUUCAUAUUCAAAAGUCACCUUUACCCCCAAAAAACACACCUCAUUGACGUUCUAUAGUGAUUUGGACUGUGGUGUUCUUCAAGCCGUGGCACAGAAAGAGGAAUUCAAAAUUGCUUUGCAAUAGAUAUUGUUCAUUGAUAGGAUCUAUGUGACAGAGAAUGACCAGGCUCACAAUAUUGUUUCAGUAGGUUGAUCAUCUGUCAAAACCUUGGCUUUUAGUACAAUGUAGCUUCAAGGGUAAAACAAUGCUACAUUAGAAUCAGAAAAUAUUGCUAGAAACGUGCGAGUAAGUGAUGACAAUGAGACCAAUGAUAAUGAUGAUGAGAAAGAUACUGUAAAAUAAUUCCGAAAAUAAGCCCCGGGGCUUAUAUUUUUCAAAGACCCUUUUUUAGAGGCUUAUUUUUGGAGGGGCUUAUACUCGGAGGGGCUUAUCUACGGAGGGAAAUUUGCAUUUCAAAAUCGAUUGGGCUAGCCUUAUAUUUGGAAAUAAAUUACCGUUUUUGCUUUGUUUUACUUUGUAUUUGAGGGCAAUUUUCCAAGUGCAAGACCCUGGGGGGCUUAUAUUUGGAGGGGCGAUUUAAUGGAGGGUUUCUUGCAUUACCGGUUUAUUGGGAUUAUAUUUGGAGGGGCUUACACAUGGAGGGGCUUAUUUUCAGAAUUUUACAGUAUUUAGUUUUUAUUAGAUAUACUAGUAAUAUGCAAAUUUUGUCAAUUUUAAAAUAGAGUACGUACUAUUAUGAAUUGUAUUACGAAAAAGUUCUAACUUCCUUUGCUAAUACAGUCCAUUACAUGUAUGAUAUUAGCCAGGUUACAUGAUAUCAAAGUACAGUAGAUUAACAGAUUCAAAAUUCAUACCAACUCCAAAGAUUACAUGUAUUUUAUUGUAAUCAGGACUAAGUGUGAGAAUUUUUAAAGUUCACUCUCCCCACUGCAAAAUGAAAGUUCUGAACUGCAGAAGGUAAACUUAGGGAAGAUGUAGCCCUAAGGGUAUCAUCUUCACUAGAGCUUAACACCUGCUAAGCUUCUUUGAUUUUCCCAUGAAAGCAAUAUAAUCUUUCAAACUCUUUGAACUUCAAAUUUAAUAUACAUUAUGGUCUGCUUAAUAAAGGGGACAUGUUACAUGUUUAUGGCCUACAUUUCAACAGCUGUGCCACUCCCGGAGACAAAAUUGUUCUUAUGGAGUCAUGCAAUGAAGCUUUCACUUUUAACAUUGAAUAAAGAUAAUGUGAACUCCGGAAAUACAAAUUUAAGUGAAGAGAAGAUUGUCACAGUGGUAAUUGCAAUUUAAGCAAUUGCAAAUCAACCCCCCACCCCUCCGCUCAAACUUUCAGGACUUCAACAGGAUUUGAACCCAUGGCCUCUGCAUUAGCACUAUUUUUUGAGUCAAUUUGCAAUUGCUUACAUUGUAAAUUGCAACAAUUGCAGUUUACAAAUAUGUAAGCAAUUGCAGAGGCCAUGAAUUUGAAUCCCGUUAAAGUCCUGAAAUUUUUUUCAAGUUAAUUUGCAAUUGCUUAAAUUGCAGUUACCACUGCAACGAUCUUAUCUUCAUUUAAACCUUUACCAUUGUAGACAAAAUCCUGUGAAAAUUUCACUUUUAGUCCUGUGAUGUGACUGUUUGAACAAAACCACCUUGUUAUUAUUUUCAGAUCAGAUCAUUAAUUUUAUAUUUCAGUUCUUUGCAAAAUAUUGAAUCUAACAUGUAUUUCAAAUGUUAUUUUACGACCAAUCUCACAGCAAGUUAACUGGCAUGGAUUAAGAGAACACUUGUUAUUUCUCCCUAAUACUAACAUUACCUCCAAACCAGUUGAAAGGGAUUUGGAUUUAAUCUCCCACCAACCACUGUAGAUUACAGUUUACAUUGUGUAUCAUCGUAUCUUACAGUUUAAAAAGUUUGGCUGUUAAGUUUUAGAAUGCUUCUUUCCUUCCCUUUUCCUUUAGUGACCUUCCGUAGACAGGGCUUCUGAUAUUUCGCGGAAAAAAAAGCAAAAUUUCAAUAGAUUUUAAGGGGCAAAUUCGCGGAAAAAUCGGCCGAUUUCGCAGGAUUUUCGUGGGAAAAAAGUCAAAAUUUGUGGAAAAAUCAGCCGAUUUCGCGAGAUUUUCGUGGGAGAAAAGUCAAAAUUCGCAGAAAAUCGGCUGAUUUCGCGGGAUUUUAGCGGAAAAAAGUCCAAUUUUGAAGGAUUUUCAGCGGCAAAUUCUUAGAAAAACCGACCGAUUUCACGGGAAAUUUCAGGGGGAAACUUCGCCAAGAAACAAUCAGUAAAAAACAGCCGAUUUCACUGGAUUUUUUUGGCAAAUUUCGCUAAAAUCAAUCAAUUUUGUGAGUGAUAAACCUGUUUAUCAGGAUUAAAUACAUGUGACGGAAGUUCAGCGCCAAGCCCAUGUAUAUAUGUAAGUUGCUGCCACGUGUGAAUCAUUUAUGCGAUUUUAGCCAGCUAAUGCGUUGAACACGAUUGUAAGCUUUUCUUGUCUGUCUGUGCGAAUAAUUAUGGCGAGCUUUAACUUUGACACGUGGUGUACGGCUACUAUGACCAGCGUUGUUUUUAACAGGGAUAAUCAUUUGCUCUUUCAACAACAAUUCGCUCGAGAAAUGAGCAAAUGCUAAAGCUAUUAACAUUAUGGUUAGUGCCCAGUUUUUCGCAACGUUCAUCUAAAAACACGUGGUAGUUUUGGGACGUUGUUUACUCAUUGCAGUGACGAAGUUUCAAGAUAAAUUUGGACGUUUGGGGUGAAUAAAAUAGGUCUAAUAGCCAAGAUAAGUAUUAAAUAUGUUUUGCAGACAUGUCUUUGGAAAUAUUUUUGGCGAAUUUCGCGGGAUUUCGCGGAAACACCUGAAUUUCGCGGGUCCGCGACUGCGCGAAAUAUCAGAAGCCCUGCAUAGAGGAGGGGGAGGAUGUGCUGGAGGCAACCGUGUAUUUAUCGAUCUCUCCUUUAGCAUAAAUUAGUUAGAAAUACAUUAUGCAGAGGGACCGUUUAACAUGAAUGAGGCAUGAUUAUUACUUAAUCGGGUAAAACUCGAUGAAUGCUUUCAUUCAACUUAUUUAUUCACAUUUUGCAUGUUCCCACCAAACAUCAGAGCAUGCUGACCAGUUUACCUUAUCAACUCAGUUCACCCAUUCACUCCUGUGAAUUUUGCCGAAAAACAAGUUUUAAAGCUAGUCAAGCCAUUUUCUGGUCACUGUCUGGUUAAAAGAGCUGCUUUUAAAACUUGCCACAAAGGUGCUAACAGGUUGUACAUUUAGCGCCUUCUGAUCCAGAUGCAAAAUAUUAGCUUCUGAAGUUUGGGCAUGUGCAGAAAGCAAAAUGGUGAGAUAGUGUUUGGGUUUAAUGCUAAACACAGUAAUCUUGACCUUUUCUUUUCCUUUCUUCUCCUUCCCUCUUCUUUGCUUUUCUUGUCUUAUUUUUUUUCUGUUGUGAAGAAAACACUUGAGUGGUUAUCAUCUAUAACUGGUGUAGUUAUAAUAGUAAAUUCUGACCCUGGUCGCCAUAGUGCCUCCAGUAGCUUAGUAGUUAGAGCAUCUGAAAUAGGACGCAGAAGGUCAUGAGUUUGAUUCUCACCACCCUUACAGAAAUUUCAGAAUAUUUAUUAAAGUGUACUUUGGAAGACAUUUAAAAGUAUACUUCAUUUGUGCUUUAAAUAUACUCAAAGUGUACUGACCAAAAGUAUACUUAAAGUACUAAAUUGUUGGGCACUGAAAAAGUAUACUUGAAGUAUACUUUACAGGAAGUAUCUUAAAGUGUAGUUCAAAAAAGUAUACUUGAAGUAUACUUGAUGCAAACUACACUGUACUUCAAACAGUAAUUUCAUUAUUAACAUUUCUGGAACUUGGAAUUUUUUCUGAACUUUCUGGUGUAAGAAUUCUCCUUAAUCUUCCAAAUUACAGUAUAGCGUACAGUCUUAGUCUUGUAUGCUGCUGUUCGGCCGAUUUCCUGCAAGUCCCCAAUGCAGUCCUUUAUGACUGGUGUAGUUAUAAUUAAAUCUGACUCUGCUGGCCAUAUAUAGAGCCUACAUGCACAGCAGCUCAGUGGUUUGAGCAUUCGAACUAGAACUUGGAGGGUUGUGAGUUUGAUUCUCACCUGGAGCUCAGAAUUUUUUCUGGGCUUUCUGAUACAUGUAUUAAUAAGAAUUCUCCUUCUUCCAAAUUAUUUUUCUACCAGGAGGUUCCGUCUGUGAACCCCUCAUGCAAACAACAACUGCUGGGAGAGUGAUGUUAAUUCAUCAACUUGUGCUGAAAGGUGAUUUGCAAGAAUUGAAGAAGGAGAUAGCUAAAGAUAUAGGUAAGGGCUAGUUCAUGUUAUACCUCUGCCAUUAAAUUGAUAAAGCUUUCUUACAAAGACAGUUUUCAUUGUAUGCUGUAUUCUGAUUUUGUUCAAAACAUGGCAUUUGUUGGCUGUUGAGAUAGGUGUCUGACAUAUGUACAAUCAUGUUCUUUAAUCACCUGCAACAGUGUAGAAUAAUUGACAGCCAGGUUAUUUAUUCAAUGAAAAAGAAUAGAAGUCAGCACUGGGGAUAUGAAAUUGGAUGAAAAAUACAUGUAAUCAUCAAUUAACAUGUUCUGAAUCACUAUUUGAUUAAUGAUGUUUAUUGCAGAUCUUUUAGAAGGCCGGAACAGUCAGGGUAUGACCCCAUUGUUUCAGUCUGUCAGUUGCAAUAACUUAGAGUGUGUUCAGUUCCUUGUUACAUCAGGGGCAAAUAUUGAUACACGUGAUGAUGUUGGAAGAACUCCAGUGGCACUGGCAGCUUAUCAGGUAUAGUCCAACAUUGUUUUGUGCCCUUAAGAUUAGCGUAGUUUGUAAUUCAAUUAUUUGUUAGUUACAUGUACUGGUUAUCGCCUCAUGAUGUGAACUCACAGCUGUAAUGUACAAUGUACCCGGUAUUAGUUUAACCACUAGCCUAAUGGUGACUAUGUGGAGACCAUUUUGAGUAUAUUGGGCUGGCGGUAUUGCAACUACCAUUGGGCCAUAAAAUCCUGGUUGUGACGCAUGGUGGUCAUUUUAACAGGGUCUUCAAAAAUUAAUAAUAAAAGGACUCGGUGUUUUUUACGUAUGGGUCAAAACAGUAUGUUUGUAAUAAUGACGUGGUUUUAAUUUCGCUGUACUACAAUAGUGUUGUAAAUAUUUUUGCACUUUGAAGCAAGGUAAACGUCUAUGGUAGUGUUUCACUCAGGUCACAUAAAAGCUAGUGACUAUCACAAAGGUAAUGCAAGAGAAAAAUAACUUAGCACUAUGAAAUUUUUAUUGGGACAAAACAACCUGACAGUUUUAAACAAGUACAUUGCAUAUGUGUUAUGUUGAAAUGUACUUUUUUAAUUAGCUAAUUUAUGUACAGUUUCAGUUAUGAUUAUAUGUUCAUUUUAUUUGUAAAUGUGAAAUGUGACCUUCAAAGUAGCUAGUGUAUUUUUCACAAAUAGCUAAGCAUAUUUUCACUACAAAAAAAAUAUGAUUUUGUAAGAGGUCACAUCAUGUAAAAAGUGCACAUGUAAGCUAAUGCUAUUUCUUUCCCCCCCUCUGCCCCCAAGCACGUAUAGAUCUUUGAUCUCAGCAAGGCUAGAUACAUGUUCACAUGUGUAUUUCUGAGGUCUGCAUAUGUUUCCAAAGCAAAAGAGCCUUAUCUUUGAUGGAGUUCUAUUUAAGAUUUUGUGGAUUACUAUGCCAUAUUAUUUUAUUUGAAGUCAACAGGAGAGCAAAGUCACAUCAUCUUAUAAUAUCAGACACUUUGUUUGACUGACUAUAUUACAGUAAUUACAUACUUUACUGUACUUACUGACUGUACUUUAUUAAUCUGCAGGGCUGGCAUGAUGGGCUGUAUUAUCUUCUUGCUAAGGGUGCCAACUGCUUGAUUGCUGAUAACUGUGGAAGGCUUCCACUUCAUGCUGCUACAUAUUUUAGUAAUGAAUAGUAAGUUAACCUCUUUGUACGUGUGCCUAAGCUGGUCUUAUAGCAAGGCUGCUGUAGCCUAAUGGGCACCUACAAUUUGCUCGCGGAUGACUAAAAUUUGAAACAUAAGGAGCCAGACUGAGCCAGAUGUUCAACUUUUCAUGAACCUUAACUCCCUAAGUUUGGUUCCUCUCAUGAAAAGUUCAAUGUUUGAUCUUUAGGCCCAACUUAACUUUGCUGAAAUUGUACUUGAAAGUAUUGUCAGUCAGUGUGAACUGCUGUAAGAGCGGAAAGUUAUUUUUCUUGAGAAUUAAAUAGUUUUCUCGACAUCCUUUCAAGUCAUGAAUAUUCAAAAAUGCUGGUUUCUCAAAACGCGCAACUUGUGACUCAAAAGUUGAUUCACUCAUCUCGAAACUCAAUAAUUCAUUCGAGUUUAGAAAUGUGUGAAUCAAGGUUCGAGGAUCGAGGGUCCCUACAGCUAGUGUCUGCUAUAAAGGGAGUUGACUGUAGGUAAAAAAACCUCCUGUCACCCUGCUACUACAUUUGUAUUUUCUGUUUUUGGCUUGGGCUCCUAACAUUUUAUUUUAGGAGCCCAAAGGGCUCCCAAUAAAUUUUCCUAGGCAGCAGCCUUGAGAGAUGUAAAUCUUUGGCUGUGUGUCAUCUCUGUUUACAGUUGUAGCUGCAUAACAUUACUCUUGACUGCCACUUAUAACCCCCCCCCCACACACACACACUCAAAGAUAGAAGCCCCCCUUGAAAUGUAUUGAAAUGAUUUCAAUUUAUUAUGACGUUUUGAAGGUUUAAAAACCAGUAAAUUGCACAGUAAUCAUGUGAAUGCUCCUGCAGCUGAUACAACAGUCAUUAUUCAAUUUGCAAGCACACAUAAUUCAGGUAGUCAAGUACUGCACUAAACGUGAGACCUCGAUUCACCUUGCCAUUCUGGAAUCUAUUUACCCAGGAAAAUGAAAGUAGAUAUGACCUAAGCUUAGUGCGGCACAAGUUUUCGCUAAGAUACGAGAGUUAGCAAAGCCGAGAAAAUACAAUGUAUCCAUUGAAGUUAAGUUUAUUCAGGUUUCACUACAGUGCAUGGUUUUCAUAAAUUCGUGUACGUUUCCAAGUAUGUUACGUCGCUUAUCAUCCAAAAACUUCAAUAAGCUUUAAACUUCAGUGGUAAACUAAGCUGUCUCAAUAUGAACUUUUUCUAUUGCAUAUCAACGGCCUGUGGUCCUUGAACAUGGAUUGAAUAUUCGAUGUAAUAAUAAGACUUGGUGCAGUAAUGACUGUGUAUACACACAUUACUUGUGUUGAAUGCAUUACUGUUUUAUUUCUAUCUUUGCCUGCGAAUACAGCUGUCUCUCAUUACUCCUCACCAUUUGCAGGCUAAUAGUAUCUAAGCAGCUGUGAAUAAAAUCGUUAAAAUGAAAUAUGAGUCUUGUUUACUGUGUUAUUCAAUCCAGUUUCCACGUUCAUGAUCCGCCAAGAUCCCUUUUGUUGACGCUUGAACUAAAAGGGCUUUCUCUGAUUCACAUAUGCAAUCAUGAAAGCAGUUUCAAGGUAAACCCACAUUUCCGCCUGCACUUUCUAACCAACAGUUACUGCUAGGAAUAUUUGGGUUUUGACCCUUCUUGGAUAUAAGCCCCCUCUAUAUGCAUGUAAAAGCUCUCCUUUAAACUACACCCCCUACGAAAACGUCUACAUGUAAACCCAGGACUUAUAAGUGACAGUUUAUGGUAUUUGAAUGUUUUUAUUUCCUUUCUGCAGCUCCCUUGAAGUCCUUUUGCAGCACCUCUCAUUACAAGACAUAGAUGCCAGAGAUAAUGAAGUAUGUGAAUGUGCUCUUAUGGGUUAUCAUUUAUUUAUGAAUCACACUAUAUAAGUACAGUUCUGUCUAGUUUUUGCAACUUUUUUUCUUGUGUCUCUCCUAGGGUAUGACUGCUCUUCACUGGGCAGCUUUCCAUGGACGAACAGGUCAUGUGAAGAAACUAGUGGAGAAGAAAGCUGAUCUGAUAUCACGUGACACAGAUGGAAAACUGCCACUUCACUGGGCUGCACAGGUGUUUUUAAUGGCAUUAGAUAUAUUUUUUCUUUAACAUUUGCUACUGUCUACAGAUGCUGACUAGAAGAGUAAACUUAUGGUACUGUAGCUGACUACAUGCUUAAUGUUGACUUUUUUCAAGUGACUGCCACACUGUACCAUCACCAUCACUUCUAUCUGACCUCAUGUUUGUUCCACCCCCUCUUACUUCUAUUGUCAUUAAUUACUUGUCUUGUGCCACUACUACAUUGUACCAACUGUUAUAUGUACUGUACUGCUGUUGAAGUGUGCUUAGAGAAGUUGAUAUGUUGAACUUAGGAUCUGUACAACGUGUUGGAGCCUAUCAUUGCCAUCAUGGAAUUUCGUUUGCUACCCUGAGUCUCUCUAAUCUUCACCCUGUGGGUUUAUAAAGUUAAUGCUUAUGAUCAAAAUUCAUGGACCGUGAGUGAUGUUUGUAAUGCAUCAAUCACCAGUAAUUAACACAUUCGCUCCUGCCGAACCCUUUGAAGCGAUAGAAUUUGUGGACAGACAUGUUUCGGAAAAGCUCUAAAUUUAAUCUUUCCUAAACAUGUGUGACUUCGAUCUCGCAACGAUACCUAGUCCCAGUUUCCACGGUCUCCGCUAGGAUCGCCUGGCACAGUGAACCUCUAUUUGUGUAUGAAAUACAAACAAAAAUGCAAAAAGGCAUUGCAGAUUAUGAUUAUCUCGCUGCUUACACAAGCAAGAGACUAAUAACAUCUUCCAUUAUCAGUUAAAGAUGUUUUUUGGAUAUUUUUAGGUUAAGGCAUUUUGAGAGUAAAAUGGUUACAUCUAGAUCUAUUAAUUUUUAUUUAUUAAGAUAACAUUUUAUACUUGUUCUUUUUUCAUAAGCACCUAAUUUAUAUAAUGUUAAAUAUGGACAAGUCCAAUUUUUCUUCUUGACUAACUGGCUAACUACUGUAUAUGUCCUUGUUGCUUUAAAUGCACAGAAUGGCUUUGUUUCAACUUGUGAAGCCAUGUUAGAGGUUCCUGAUUGCCAUAACCUAGUGAAUGGAAAAGAUUUCUCUGGAAGAACACCGAUUCAUUUAGCAGCAGCUGCAGGGCAAUACCAUGUGCUUAUCAGACUCACUGCAGUGCCAUAUGCAAACAUUGAACCUUUGGACAAUGAGGGCAGGUAUUACUUAAAAUUCAUUGCAUACAUUGUAAAUAAGUGUUUACCUUAAACAUGUCUGUGUGUUCCACAUUGAAUUGGAAGUUGGACAUGUUUGUUUUUGAGGAGAUGGGAAAACUAGAGUACCUACAGGGUUACGCCAAAUUUGGCGUAUUUUACGCCAAAAUUGUUCAGAUGACUCCACUGAGGUUACGGAGGGAGUCACUUUGACUCCAAAAAUUUUCGGUAACAAACAGGGAGCCACUUCGACUCCAGAAAUUUUCGGUAACAAACACAGUUUUAACCUUUUUCAUAACAAAUACAAUUUGUUAAUUAUGAUAUUAAAUCAUUGAAAUUAAAGAAUUAUACUCCACGACAAAACAGGAAGAGGGUAAAUUACGAUCAAAGUUUACUCGAUGACCGCCACCAUGGAUUUGAGCUUUCCAGGUCAGCGGACCGCCACAGCUACGUCGUGUAUCCCUCACGAUAGUGUAUACAUGCCGGGACCACGUGCUGGAAAGUCUGAUACUUGACUCCAAAUAUUCCAAAAUGACUCCAAAAUUUGUGAAGCAGAAGUCACACUGACUCCACUCAUCAAUAAAAUUUGCUAACCCUGACCUAGAAAAAAAACCUUUUGAAGCAUGGGGAGAGAACCAACUUACAAACUCAAACCACAUACAUGUACGGUGUCAACACUUGGUCUUGAACCCAGAAUACUUUGGUAGGAGGGCAGGGCUCAAAAAUAAUCCCGUUUGGUAGUCCUAGUGGAUGUUCCUACGGGGAAAGUAUUUAAAGCUUACAGGGUGCCCGAUGGGGAAGGGAUCCAGCAGGCCAGUCAUCCUCUAACUAAUCAUUAACAAAGGUGAGCAAGAAGUGGCCUCAGGUAAGCAUAAUGUGAGAGCUGCUUGCCAAAUGAGCCCUGGAGGCAAAUGCUCUCACCACUGUGCCACCCUUGCUUUCGUAAGACAUUGGCUUCAUGAAUCCAACUUCUGGCUUAUUGUGUAGUUCCAGAAAAUAUCCAGACCCCCACCACGGAGGGAAUUUCACUUAGGACCCCCCCACCUCCCUGGAUUUUCCAUUUUUGCAGGGAACUGAUGACCCCCCACCCCUUUGGAAUUUCCACAAGUGUGACAAAGACCCCCCAACCCCUCUGGAAAAGUUCAUUUUCACGAAGAGAAGACUAUUAAAGUAGAAGAAUGAGGUAACUUAUGGUUAGUACCCAAUGGUUUCCAUCAGAAGCUUGUAUGCUUCUGUUUCCAUUUAUUUGAGUGACCUCGCAACAUUAAAACACACUACACCACCACAAAGUAACCUGAUCUGUAAUUUUUGCUCAUCUCUUACUUUAAAUGAAACAGAGAAAGUUAAUAAGUCGGUUAUAUAUUAUAUUUACCUACAUUAGGGCAAGCUUAGAUUUGUUAUUCGUCUCAUGGGUGUAAUGUUGAUAGAAUUAACGCCAUUUCGUGCGGGAAUGCAGAACAAGUCAAACUUACGACCGCAAAAUUAAUGCAAAACAAAGAGGAGAAUAAAAACUCUGAAUUCUGAAAUGAUAACAAUGAAUACCCCCCUGCAUCUUGAAGAUACUUGAAGGGAAACCAAGUUCAAUUUACUGUUUUUUGAUCGAUUGAUACGACGUGAUACGCGAUGGCCGUAUAAAUGUUUGGUGAAAUCGACACCAUUUCAGCAAGAAUUCGAUCAAGAACAUGCCACACGUUCAACCACAAAAUUAAGGGAAAAUGAAAAGGAGAAUAAAAACUCUUCAUUCUAAAAUGGUUACAAUGUAUAGCUUGUGCUUCGUGAGGCAAAAUUGCCACUCUUCUGAUCUAUCGAUCAACUGACACAACGUGUUGUGUUGCGUGAUGUGUUGCAUGCGUUGAUGUUUUGGGGAAGACUGGUAACAAGUAAUCGCAGCCGAAUAUACGAGCAUGCGAUAAAAUGAGUUGUAGUUGGUCUAAUUCCUUUGAAUAUCCUAAACGCUUUUAGAAGAAAGGAAACCUGGUUAAGAUUAAAAGGAACAAUCUUAAGUGAUAUAUUUCAAGUUAUUUAUGUCCUAAAUAUGAUCUACCAGGUCGGUAAGAAGCAAUGGUUGAUCUCAGGUGGAAAUCAAAAUGAUAUUGCCCCCCUGGAAAGUGAUUUUAUGGUCCAACACCCCCUCCCUUCUGGAAUUUCCUGGGCCUCUGACCCCCCCACCCCCCUGGAAUUUGCAAUUCCUUACGUGGUGGGGGUCUGGAUAUUUUCUGGAACCACACAUUCUAUAUUUUUGGUUUUAACUAUCAAUAGAACUCCACUACACUGGUCAGCAGCAACUGGACAUGCUCAUUGUGUUGCACUUUUACUAAGACUUGGAAGUGAUAAGAAUACUGAAGACAAACAUGAAGCAUUACCUCUACAGUAUGCGCAACAGGGCUACCACUCUGCAUGCUGUAAGCUGCUGAUAGAUCAUGACCCAAGUAACCCUCUUGCUACGCAGAUACCACAAGGAAAAGGUACUAUGAACAGUAGCUGAUUGCAAGCAAUAAUUAAGGUGGUAGGCAGAGUUUUCUUAUACAUGUACCUUUUUCUAAUACCAUCAUACUCUAAGAAUGGUUGCUAUUGACAGUUUGCAUUCACAAACCAACAUUCCAAGUUCCAAUUUGAUCUGGAAAGUGUCUCCCAUGAAAUUGUUACUGUAGUUGGGGCCAGGAGUUGGGGACACUAAUACUGUACAGUGUAAAGCUAGGAACAGAAUCAGGUUUAUCUAGAUCUGUUCUUGGAACUGGCAUGUUGUAUAUGAAAUAUAAAAUGUUACCCUAAAAUAUCUUGUCACUUUUUUUUCCAAAUGAUGUUCAAAAUCAAAAUAUUAUAAUGUAUUAAUAAUAAUUAUUAUUAUAAUGUUUGAAUUAAAUAAGGUUUGUUACACACCUUGAGAAUAAGAAUUAGCAGGAAACCUUUUGCACAACACGUUAGUGUUGCUAUGACAUCAUUCUCAACUUGUGCCAAAAUAGAUUAAAAUUAACUUGGAAUGGAUGUAUUAUGGUUGAGAUAAUAAAAGUAAGCCUAUUAAUUUUCCAUAAUGCCCUUCGUGAGCAUGCAAAAGUCUAUUUUGUCACUUGAGAGUGACAUCAUUAAGAAGGUGACGACAUGAAAAAAUGAAGCAGUUUUUGGUGACAUUCAAAACUUGUGUAAACCUUUUCCAGUAAUAAUAGUAAGAUCUCUUGUGAUGUCAUAAUUCCAUGGUAGCAAGGCUAGUCACAAACACAAACUCACCAACUUAAGAUAGUCAGGUGAACUAAUUUUAUAACUAGAAUAGAGAAUUUUAUCAGAAGUCACUUGCUUAGCAUUCAAUCAUGUAGGUGUAAUACGUAGAUAGUCCCCUAGCCGAUCAUCAAGGUGUGCUACUUUUAUGUGUUUGUCAGGUUUAGUGGUCCGAGUAUGUGUUUUCAUGUAAUUAUAUGUGUUUUGUAUGUAUUAUGCUGGUAUGUGUUUCCACCCAUAGUCAAGUCUUGACUAUGGGUGUGAUGAAAGCUUGUAUAUCCACAGCGUUUCAAUAUUAUUAAAUCUUGAAAAGGGAAAAGUAGUGCAAAAGAGAAGAUACAUGAAGAAGUGUUUCCAGUUAUUUUAAUGCAAUGUCCUGUUGGUCUGUGUAGUAAUAUUUUAGCCAUUCAUCUGAUUUUGAAAAAUUUCAUUAUUAAGUUAAUAUAGUUUUUUAGAAAGUGCCAGUGGCUUAUUGCUGCCAUUUUUUUAGUUCAUUGUUCUUUUUUUGCUUCGGUGUUUUUGUUGAUGGGACAACUGCACAAAAUUGUUGUUAAUUAGUAAACAAAUAUUACUAUGAUAAUAUCUAAUCAGGGCUUGAAAUAACGGCCGGUCAACGGACAAUGUCCGGUCAGAAUCGAGCAUUGUCCGAGCAAAUCCGUGGAUGACCAGACAUGUUGUCCGGUCAUUUGGGCUUUCAAAGAAAAUUCAAUUUUGAGACAAUCAUGAUGGAAAUUUAUUCAAUCUUAUCAUGUUCCAAAAAAAGAUAUUAUUUUGAAAUAUGACAUUUUUGGGUUUAAAAUUGGCUACACAGCGUGUUGUAAAGUGCUCAAGAUUUGACCGCUGCCGAAAAUAACCUGCAUAGCAUUGGUGCCAACAAGAGCAAAAAAAAAAAAGAAAGACCCAGAGUGACAGUAUAAUGAAUUAGGCCACCCUUUUGCUCCUCACAAAUGUAACAUUAAAAUAAAAGGCUUUGAGUUUUUAAACAUAAAAAUAGAGUUUGUCUUUUUUUGCCUGUCUGUAAUUUUUUUUGCAUGUUCUUCACUGGGCAUUUAGUUAACUCAACAUUCAUCACCCUUUUCUUGGAAAUACAUUAUUCAAAUGCCAAUGAAUGCCCACUACCAGGAUUUUUUUUUAGGGCGAUGUUACUUGCCAGAAGGUGAAAGGAUACGAUUAUUUUCAUUGGGCAGUGGAACAAGAUUUAAUGGAGAAUUUUCAGGUCAAUGACACUCAAAAAGAAACGUUAACCAACAAAAUUUUAACAAAUCACUCUGAAGUCUAGAUUUCAUUCUGGUGUAAACCAGGAUUAUAUUACAUAGUUGUAUAUUAAUUUACUCAUUAGCGUUUGGUAUGGUUUGAAAUUGAUUUCUUCAAACUAUUUCACAAGUUUAUUUGCCCGUUUGAAAUUAUUUUGAAACAAAGCAGCAUUUGCUAAAAUGUAAAUGUUGUACUAGAAAAAGUUGAAGGUUACGUUUUGUUAGUGAUUUGGUCAGGUUUCAACCAAACGUUAACGAUGAGGUUGUGUCUUGCAAUCCACGUGUCUGACUUACAAUGUAACAUGGGUAAUAAAAUACAACUUUUUUUUAAUAGAAAGUAACUAGAGUUGCUGUUAUUGAAAAUGAUACAGAUUUUUAAGUUCAAAAUGGUUCUCUUUUGCAACUAGGUAGUUUUGGAUUAAAUUUGGACAACUGCCAAAAUUGCCUAUGUUAAACAAAAUCACGUUAAACGGAAAUGUUCCGCGCCUAUGAGUUAUUUCAAGCCCUGCUAAUUAAAAGAACUUGUCUCAAAUUUUUGUUUUCGUUGUAUAACACUUGCUAAAUUAUAGGUGAUAAGCGAAAGCAAUCAUAAUACAGAAAACAGAAGAGGUGGAGAAGAGGAAUGUCUUAUCUAGUGUUUUAAGGAUGUACACUGCAAUAUUGAUACUUGCAAUUCUGUGAAAAAUAAGAUGAUUUUCAUAUAAGUUUCUUCUGAAACUGAAAAUACUAGUUUACAAAUUUACCAGUGAACUCAUGAGUUAAUGUUAUAAAAUAGAGGUGGCCACAGUUCUUGUUUAAUGUAUGCAAUCAGAUUGAAAAUGUGGUUAUUACUCAACAGUGUGAGUACAAUCACCAUUGUGGCUGUAAUUAAUAUCAUAGCUCAAAGUUUGAAGUAGUGAAACAGAAAAGGAUCCUUAAAUGUAUGAUUUUAUGUUAUCUUCCUUCCUAACCAUCUUGAAUGAUCUGAAAAUCUUGCUCUUCCUAGCAGACUAAGAAAGGAAUAUGACAAACCCUUUUAUAGACACACAGUGCUACAUAUAAAUAGAAUGAUAAUUAUAUCUAUUGAUUUCUCAACUCAAAAUUAAAACCUUUCCUGUUUUUUAGUCCUUGCUCAUACAUAGUAAGUUUCCAAACAAGUAGGUUUAUAAUUUUUUGAGUGCUUGAUUAAGAUCCAAAAAGAUGAUUUUUUAAAUUUCUUUAUUGUACUGCAGCUUGCUAUCUGGAUUUCCAUUCUUUCUUUCUCUUUUUAUGUUUGCUUUGAAUUUUUUUUUUUUUGUGAAAGAAGAGAAUGUUGCUCUCUGAUAGGUUUAUAUGUAAGCUUAUCUUCCAGAAACGUUUUUCUUAGUUUCUUUUCAUUUUGAUAUGUUAAUUAUGCACCUGUUCCUGGAGAUAAAUUCUGUGUAAGUGAAGAAAAAAGUGUUGUCAAAUAUCCCUCCAAUGUAGUUAAUGUUUGGUUUGUCAUAUUGAAGCAAAGUUUUAGUCCAGAAAAGGACUUAAAUUACUUGUAUUUUAUUUGAGAGAACAAAUCAGUGAGAGGUAUUUCCUUGCCUAUUUAUUUUAUAUUUUUCUGUGAAAACCUGUCAAUAAUUAUUAUAUUUUACUCAUUUUGUUUUAUAUAUUAGAUUCUUUUCCAUUUUUUAUUAAGAAGCAGUCACACAUGUCUGUCCAUUUAUAUUUUGAUUCAUCUCCCAUUUAUUUGGACUGUAUUUGAAAUGGAACACUUCAUUGUAUUUUGCAUUUUUUAUUCCAAAGCUGACAGAAGUUCAUCUCAGUCAAAUAAGAAAGGUUCUUGGAUUUUAAAGAGGGCUUUUAUCGCCUAAUGUUAUUUGUUCUGUUGUGACAUUUGUAAUGAAGCUUUUUUUUUUCAGUUUCUAUUAUUAUUGUUAGUCAUUUUAACUGGGAUUUGUCAAAAUGUUAUAAAGUGUUCAUUUUGGAACAAGUCAAAUCAAGUGUUCUUUGGUACGGUCUGUUUAAUAUUCAAAAAUUUGAUCAGUCGGUUAUUGUUUCCUCUCCUUGGUUUCUUCUUAGAUUUGAGAACUCUGCAGUCAAGUAAGUAGUUAAAUGUAUUUUGAUUUGUCAUGUAAAAUAAAUAUGUGGCAUUACCAGCACUUAGACAUCAGAGGCUGUAUUAUUUAAGGCACUUGCAACAAGAGAACCUGAUUUUUGUGUUUUAAACAGAUGAGUGUGCUUUUUCUAGUCAAUAGAUGCUAUUUUAAAAAUCUCUAAAAGUCCAUGUCGCUAGUGCAAAUCUUUUAUGGCAAAUUUUAAUCUUUUCCCUCAGCUGUAAAGGGCUCAUUAAUGUAGAAGUGUGUUCUCUUUGUUUGUACAUUGAAUAUGACUGUGGUGUGUGUUCUAAUGAAUGCUAAAAGUAAGGAAUAAAAUAAUACUUAAUAAUGUUGUAUUUUACAGUGAAGUGAAAAGUGUUAUCCAAUGGUCAGGUUUGAUGCAGAUGCGUGUAAUUUAGUACUUCUUGCAUUUAAAGACUCAACAUGACAUGAUUUAAAUUUAUAGUCAGUGCAAUUAGCUGGAGUAGUGUUUUAGUUCUGAAAAUAAUAUUGCAAUAUUGUUAUUGUUUGUGGCCCAAAACAACUUUUAGUUGUUUUGUUAAGGAACUUAAGUUUAUUCUGUUUAUGUUAAUAAGCAGUCAUUUUAUUGUUGUUAAAAAUAUGUAGGGAUGAACUCAUUUCUCAAACUAAAUUAAACAAGGUAGAGGAGUUAAAAUAUGCGACCAAGAAUUAGAACUGAGUGAAGACUGGGUUCGAAAAGAAAUUUCGAACCCUUGUUAUUUUGUCCUUUUUUUUUUGUACCACAGAUUACUGAAACCCAAGAGCCUUAUAUUAUGGCCCUAAUUACCAUGUUUGUCAUAUUUUGUGGUCACUAUUUAAACUUUAAUUUUUUGAGUCAUACUCAGCUUUGGUUAUUAAAAUUAUUGGCUUUUUAACUCACUUGCCCUUGGGAAUUACGCCAAAAAACCUGUUCUGGUCACUGUCUGGCUAUAAAGAGUUAAAACUUACCAAAAACCAUUUUCAGGUCAUACACUUUGCAGGCUGCUGAUCCAGAUACAAAAGUAGUUUCCGAAGUUCUGGCAUGCGCAGAAAGCACAAUUUCAAGAUAGUUUUUGGGUUUACAAGUGCCACAGCCGUCUUGACUUUUUCUUUUGGCUUUCUCUCCUCCCCUCUUCUUUCACUUUUCUUGCCUUUUUUUUCUUUUGCUGGACGUUUAUAGUAGGGAAAUGUUUUUGGGAAAGCUUUUAGGAUCUUAGGAUUAGAUGAUAGGAAAGGUAGGUGGGUUGUCAAACAAGAUUUUCAUAGGAAUUUUUAAGUCAAUGUUACAUGGGUUUUUACCGUUUUUUCCAGUCUCCUUGACCAAUUCGAGCUAAUUCUGGUCGUUACGUUCUGGGGUGAGUGGAUUAAACAGUUGAACCUUUAUUAACACCUUAGGAAAAACAUUUUCUGGCUCUCCUUCCCAUUAAGACUUGAAUAUGCAACCACACUGCAAAGUUCAUCAUCACAUUUGUUGUUGUAUGUGUUGCAUGAAAUCAUGCAACUGCAUGUACUAUGUAGUUCAGGUUAUCACUUGGUCACUAAAUUUGUUAGAGUGGAUGACCAUUGUAAACUUCAUGCAGCAUUGUCAGUGCACUUAAUACAUUUACAUUGUUUUGUAUACAAAACCUUUAUGUCAUUAUCAAGACCCAGUCAUAAAAUAAUUUACAUAUAUUUCUAUAACAUCAUUAACGUUGUAUUUCUGUUAUUGUCGUAUUUUGUUUUGUAGAAUCUCCCUCAGAAAGUCUUCGCGUUCCUGAUAAUAGUAGGCAUGGAUCGGAUGGUAUGCAUCCAUUUGAUCAAAACCAUGGUGGCAUAACAAAUGGUUUUGACUCACAGCAGCAUCAGGCUGCAGCAGCAGAUCUCAGUGAUUGUGAGGUUCAGGAGAUUUUUGGCAAUUCUGCUGCUCCUACAGCUGUUCAGGUUCAAGUUGAGAUGAAUGCUGAUGAUGAUCCAGACAGCUGUGUAGAUCAUGCAGGUUAGUACGUCAUUGUCUGGCGUGUUUCCUAACUUUGUCCAACAUUAAAAUUAUUGUUACUAUGAGAAUAAAGAAUCUAAUCAUCAAAGAUAAAACAGACAUAACAAAUAAAUAAUCAUACAAUGUAAAACAUUGUGGGUGAUAUGCAUUUUAAUUUAUUUUGUGCUUAAAAAUUAAAGCUCAUAUAUAUGUGACUUUUGUAUAUUAAAUGAUGGAGUUCCUGGAAAAAUACCCGAGUGACUCCUGAUCAAAUUAUAAAUUCCUUUUGUUAAAUUCUUUUUGAAUGAAGGGAGUGCUUUGCAACAUGAGGUGAAGUGUCACGCAGGGCUUUGUUCUGCUUUUGAAUAAUUAUUUAUUAAAAAUAUAACUAUCUUUGUAAUUUUGAAAAUAAUUGUGAUGACCGCAGUUACAUUUCAGAGUGUAAUAGGAGGCCACUUAAUCAACUAUUCAUCAACACACAUAUUUGCUAGAUUAAACACCAAGCCCCAGAUAAAAUAAUGCUGGGUCUAGUUAGUUAAAAUGAAGUAGUGAAAAACCCCCAGAGAUAUUUAUUGGUGGUAUAAUUAAUAAUAUAUUAUUCCACGAGUGCACGUUGGAUAAUAAUAAUAAUAAUAAUAAUACUAAUAAUUUAUAUAGCGCUAUUCAGCUACUCUUUCAUAGCGCUUUACAAUGAUUAUGUGAUUGUGAGGUUCAGGAAUACAAUGAGGAUACAAUGUAUGAGUUAUAGCUACAAUCAUCUCAUAUUCAACAAGUGUGAGUGGAAUAAUUGUUUUGUUAAAAACACCCACAAAAUAUCGAGAAUUCUUCCCGGCUUUAUUUGUAAAAACAAUAACCCGAUUUUCAGCUUGUUUUUAAUUUUGAGCAGACGGGUACAGUUACCAUAUUUGGAGAGCAUGGUGUAAUGGCUCAUAUACCAUGAUGGCUAAGCCAAUCAGAGCUCUAGAAUUGCAUUAUCCAAUGAUUCAGUUUUUAAUAAUACAUGGUAUAAACUUGAACUAUACCACUGGCAAAAUACCAAACUGUUGAACACAGAGCUUACAUGCAUUUUAUUUUAGUCUAUUUUAUGUAUUUUUAUUUUAUUUUAUUUUAUUUCAUUUUAUGAUUGUUUUGUUGUAAGUAUGCUAUGUUAUGUUAUGUUAUAUGUAUGUUAUAUGUAUGUUAUGUUAUCUUAUAUGUUUAUAUUAUGUUAUGUUAUAUGUUGUUAUGUUAUGUUAUGUUUACAUGUAAAUCCUUUAAACUUGCAUGACUAAUGUUCCAGGUAUUUUUUGUACAGGGGACAUGGUUUCAUUGCUGCAAGGUGUUAGUGCAUGGCCCAGUAUAACACCCCCGGCAUCACCCUGUAAGAUACCAUACACCAUGAUACAUGUACCUCUAACAUUAAAUGGUCUUUAUAAUACUGCCAUUUUACCUGAGACAAAAGAAGAAGGCUGAACCAAUUAUUGCAUUGCAUUCAUUUGGCACACAAAAUCUGAUUGCCUAAAAAGUACGUGAGAAUGUUUGAAAAUGUGCGGCAGACAACAGCACUCUUAUAAGCUUUUACUUUGUGCAGUUCUCAAGUGAUCUUGAUAUUAUUAUGACUACAAUAGAGGAGUUGGCGCUCAUAGUUGCAUCAUGGGUAAUCAGGGCAAGACGGAGGGAAAUUAAAAGAUUUGUAUUAGAAUUCAAAGCCAAAUAUUUCUUCCUGAAUUCAUUAUUUGAUGCUUUCUCUUUGAAAAGAGUAACUUAGGAGUUCAAAGAAACAAUACACUAAAUCUGGAGUGCAAAAAGAAGUCAGUGAUUAGUUAUUAGAAAACUUUGAUUUUCCCGUACAUUUUCUGUAAUUCGACAGUAUCAAAAUUACAGAAAAUGUAUGGAAAAAUUGAGUUUUUCUAAAAACUGAUCACGGACUUCUUUUUCUUCUUCUUUUUUAUAGAAAGCAUCAAAUAUAUGAAUUCAGGAAAAAACAGCUGGCUUUGAAUUCUAAUACAAAUCUUCUAAUUAUUUCCCGCCAUCUUGCCCUGAUUACCCAUGAUGCAACUAUGAGCAUGAACUCCUCUAUACGUGGUUUGGUCUUCUUUGUUAGCUUUUUGCAUUUAUAACGCCUUUUAACUACCUUGUAGAUGCUAUUACCUUAAUAAUCCAUCUAACUUGCCUGGCCUCUCGCUCAAUACUAAUGAAACAUCUAUUUUUUAAUUCAUUUAUUGAUGUAUUUCCACUUUUUUUCUUCUUUUUGUGACAAACGUCUCUAAAUGUAAUGAUGUUAACUGUACUUUAUCUUAUAAUGUAAACUUUCAAUGACUCAAGCUCUAACGUUUGUCUGUGAUUUAUAAUCUACUAUUUAUAAUCAUUAUGGAAUGGAAAAAUAAAAAUAGAAUGAAAUGAAAUGAAAUAUAACUUGGGCUUUUUUACAGCAGCCUGGGAGAGAAAAUAAUAGUCUAACAGUUUUCUAUAGAGUCUUGAAUUCUUGAAAAGUCUUGAAAUUUGCAAACAAGUUUUCGGACCUGAAAUAUUAAGUCUGAGAGAAUAUUGAGUCUGGAAAAAAGGUAAAAAGUGUGGAUUUUUUUUGCAGCUCUCCAACAAGUGCUUGAUUAUUUCUAAGCGCAAUUUUUGUCAGUAGUCAAUUAUAAUCACAGAAUGAGAAGUUUUAAAACGCUCUCAUGUCCUAUUGCAGUUUGGUUAUGGUAUGUUUGCAAUGCAUCAUGGGAAAUCAUUGUUCAUGUAUUUUUAAAAGUUUCUAUCAGUUGUCUGUAAGUUUGGGGGGAGUCUUGAAUUUUGCAUCCAAAAGACUUCACUUAGUAUUUUGUUGCUCGGGUACCCAUUAUUAGCAGCAAGAGAGAGAGUGUGGAACAGAUUUUCUUGUUCUAUGUGGUAACCCACUACCGAACCAGAACUAUGAAAUUGGAGUCCACUGAAUAUACAUGUAACCACUGCAUUUACAAGUCGUACCAGUGCUAUGCUAUUAAAACUGCUUUUGAUUAACAGCAUAUUAAUGAUUAUGCGUUUAGUUUAAACCUUGCUAACUAACUGCCUAAGGACAGUUGUAUUAAUGAAAUUUAGUUUGGUAAAACCUGUUUUUAAAAGUCGCUCUCUUUCUUCUCGGUGUGCUUACGAUGUUCCAAUGAAUUUAAGCUUUAAAAAAAGCAACAGCAAAACAUAAAUAACAAAAAGAUGUAAACUUCUUAACAGGUGAUUUUAAAACCGCGUACAUAAAUUCUUAUAGCAACUUGUUAUUCAGCCAAGGACACAGUGAAUACAUAGUUGCAGACGAGGUGUGAGUGCAGCACAAGGCUAGAGAAAAAGGAAAUAUCACUGUGACAGUGUUUGGUGGCUCCCGACAACCCUUAAUUUCACGUUUAGAACUUUUUGGGCUCCCAACAAUUCUUCGUAGAGCACAUCCUUGGGACACUUAGUUUAAUACUGACCGUCUAUUUUCUUGAGUAAAGUCCCAGCGGAAUGAUCAUUAAUCAACACUGUAAUCCAGGCACAAAUUAAAUUAUCUUGUGUUGUUUAGAUUGCCUUCACCCAAACAUGAAUGGAGAGAAUGAUACAAGUGGAUAUAGCAGUGAGGAAGACAGUCGAUAUCCCCCUCAGAUGGCACUUACACCCAUACCUGGCUCACCUGUUCCAUCAGAGGAUCAGUAUCAUAACAACCCAAAAAGACCACCUAUCUUGCCAAGGUUUAGUUUUGAGGUUGGUAGCUUUCACUGAUAUUCCCAUUGGUUUUAAUGGCAGGAUUAGCUCAGUUGGUAGAGCGCUUGACAGCAGAGCAGGAAGUUGUGGGUUCGAUUCCCUGGACCAGACCAAUACUAAGGGUCUUAAAAUAACUGAGAAGUGAAAGUACUGCCUUUGCGUUGCAAACGGCUAAACCCUUCGAGUGGCUCAGAUGACCACCUAAAAAUAGUGGCCUAAAAAGCAGUAAUCUAGUGCUAAAUACCUUGACACUCUCAUAUUAAGUACUUUUUUCACGAAAUGUUUAGGGCAAUUUUUGUUUAAUAGUUAAUUGAACUGUGUGGCUCCCAUGUGGAGGGGUGUCCUUUAUGUGCCACCUAAUGAGCUCGUAAUUUAGUAACUCUGGGUUGAUCUGAAAUGGGGCUAUCGUUAAAUGAGACGUUUUCGAAACCCGAGUAUAAUAUUUCAAAUGCAGUAAAGCUUUUCAAUAAUGAAAGGGUAAGAAAUAUCUAGAACAAAAUUCUUGUGUAUCUUGGACGUUUUCUAGAGCAAUUCUUCAUGGUAAAUGUUGGUCUAAAAUGUCGAGUCCAAAGUUUGAGGUUCCCUCGGCACCCAUUAAGUGUGUAAGAAUCUCCAGUCAUUUAGAUGUAUAUGUGUACUAUGAAUGUUCGGUUGCUACCAUAAAGUUGUUAGGAUGUACUCAUGCCUUAAGUGGUCAAGGAUAGAAAUUAUGGCUGAAGACGUUUGUCCGUAUAUUGCACUGCACGUUAAACACGUGACUGGGUCGAGUCUCCUUGAUAAGCCUAGAAAGGCUUCUGAGACGUCCUUUUCAAUAUUGUAAUAAUUAUUUUUUUAAGUUCUAUCAAAAUGUUGUAACCUCAUAGUAUUCAGCAAUUAUUAACGUAGAAAAUGAUCUGCCUCGCAAGUACAGUAUGCAGAACACUAAAAGUGUCAUCUGAAUGAGUUUAGAUCUUGUUACGUACGUUGUAGUCUUUAGGUCCACGCAAUUACUGAUUGAGAAAAUAAACAAAUGUAAUGUUUGCUUUAUUCAUCAGGACCAAGUGUCGCCUUUCGUACGGUCUUCAGGGCCGGGUACCUCUUCAGCUUUGGCACCUAUCAAAUCCAAGACAAUGCCAGAAAGAUUAAGACUCAGUAACACAUACAAGCCCACCCCAAUGGAUAUCAAACCGCCUUCCCCGUCAACAGAAGCACCGUUAGCUCCACUCAAAGUGGCUAAAGUAAAGCAGAGCCCGGUUCCUUUGAACGUUAAAUCCCAGCAUAGUGGAUCGAGCAGCCCAAGAGAGGUCGCCUCUCCAGAAAGUACUGACAAUGGUAAACAGUGGGCCAGGAAAGUCAAGGUCAAGUCUGAUCCUCUCAAUCUCUCCCCCGUUAGGUUUGUAACCAUGGGAAAAGUAUUUACAAGAUUCUGGGAAAUGACCCACUUACUCCUCCCCUGAGACCCAACAUUUUGCCUUUGCUAGCAUUGAUUUAGGGGAGGGGUAUGGGUAGACAAUAAGGAGCUAAAGCAAAGACCUUUUUGAGCAACGCACGUCAACCGGAAGUGAGACAUUUUCCCUUUUAAUAUACCUUUACGCUACCAAAUGUGUAUUGCUAGUUGUCUUUACUCUUAUAGAGACGAUUCCCCUGAUAAUGUAGGCACAACAACUGCUCAAGAAUGCAAAAAGUCCACUUCUGGUUGACGUACGUUGCUCAAAGGUCUUUGCUUAAGUUCCCAAAUUUUCCCGGAAUUCUCUCAUAAGGUAAAUAGUAAAGUAAUUGUCAUAUAUUAGUCUGGAACAUUGUGUUUGGUCUUUCCUUCUUGCUUUGAAAGUGUUGCAUGUUCCCGAUGAUCACUUUGCAGUCGUCUUCCUUUUCCAAAAAGGCAGCCAGACUCUGCGUUGAACCCUGGUAUCAGUUGCACUCCAUUUAUUGGAUAUAGCUGGGGUCUUUUUGGCGUCGAUCUUGUUUGCCAAAAAAAAAGUCUGCAGAGCAUUCAUAUUCAUUCUUCUUAUUCAUUGUUCUCGGACAAGGACGAAAAACCGUAGGUUCCGUCUCGCAGCACUUUCACUGAUCUGUUCUUGUGGGACGUAAAAGAAGCCACACCACUGUUCGAAAAGAGUAGGGAGCGUAGACCCCGGUGGUGUGUCCAACCGUAACGGGUUGUGGGAUUGGGUAGGGAUGGCACCUUGCAUGGGACCAUUGAGUCCCGUUUGUGCCUAUUCCUUCUGGGCAGGCCUGUGUCCAGAAAAGCUUGUAAAACUAAAAAAAUAAAAAUGAAAAAAGACUAAAACUAUAUUAUUGGAUUUGUUAGGUGUUGUUUGGACAGCAAUUUUAAGAGCUUAAUUGUUAGCCUAUUGUUUUCGGUUUUUAGCGGUGACAAUGUGGAUAAAGCAAAAGAAAAACGCCCCAUAGCGGGGACUACCGCUGGCCAGAUGCUUCCUGUCAUUUUAGAUAAGUCAAGUCACGUGACACAGGUGCAGGGCUCCAGGCAAGACCAGAUAGGUAAAGUGGUUAUAAUUAUAGUAACAGUAUAGUAGAAAUUUUUGAGUAAAGAGGUUAAUUUCUCAAAAAGAAAAGAAACAUGUGGUACUGCACUAGCUGAUGGGAGAGUGAAACAUAAAAGUUUGGUUUUAUUAACUGAGUUGAUAAAGUAAAUUGUCCACGAAGAUCCUCAAAUUGUCCACCGAAAAGGUGCUGACGUCUUCCUCUCCAUCAUUUGAUACGUCUAGGCCGUCUAGAGAUCCAUAUCACUCUUUCAAAUCCCAACAUCGAUGUCAGUAUCCUAGCUCAGGAUUAUUGUGUUGCUAUCGUUAGUCUCUACGUACUUUAACUUGACAUUGAACAAGAUGAAAAACGUAAAGCCUUAUUAAUCAAGUAAGAAACUGAAUGAAUAUUGAAUGAUUUUGCUCCUGGUUGCUAAUCCUUAGUAUUUUGGAGUAAUUCUCAUAGAAGGCGUCAAUUUUAGAUGGGCGCAAUUUUAACAGCGUAGAGGGGGCGUUUAUAAGUGGUGUUUAUUUGGGCGCCUGUUUGGUCAUUUACGGUAUAGGAAUGAUAGGGACGGAUUGGUCAUUUAUAAGGUACAAAAAAAGAAGAGGUUGCACUGCACACCGCCCUCACCUGGGCACCCUGAAGCAAGAGGAAGAGAGUGAGAAAGCGAGACGCUGGCACAGUGUAAAAUGAACAACAGCCAGUUAAGAUUAAGGUGUUUGGCUCAGGCCUCCGUCGGAAAAAGUUGAUUUCCUACCUUAUGAGGAUGAUUACGACAAAGACGAUGAAGAUAAAAACGUGAGCAAGAAUGUCCCACAGGCUUCUCACCUUUCUUCACAUUGUUAUGGUGUUCUGGUGCUAUAAGUGUUCUGUUUUUAACUCUGGUUGUAGCUUAAUACUUUUUGUUGUCGUUGUUGUUGUUUCAUUCGUAGAAGCAAAGAAAAAAGGCCGAAGGAAGGCAUCCAAAAAUCAGAGUAUUCCUGAAGAUUUAGGUAAAGUGACAUGAAUAGAUGUGACUGGGUUAGAAUUUGAUGACUCGAGAAAAUUUUACUCGUUCGCUAAUAAUAGUGAACAGUACGGGUUACAUGCUACAGAUGUCGGUGACUUGCUCCGAUUGUCGAAGUUAGUAGAUCGAUUUACGUGGCUUAUUCACAUAACUGUCCACCGCCUCCAGAGCCAAGUUCGGUUGGAACUGAGCAGUACGUUCAUGUUGUAGUCUUGAUAAUAAAGCAAAAGUUGGUUCGAACUCGCAGUUUGCUGUUCACUAUGACAUCUACUUUAACUUUUUAUGGAAGUAAAUGUUUUGUUGUUGUUGAUUGUUUGUUUGUUUGUUUGCCAUAAAACUAUUUUUAGGUGUGAUGUCAUCUGCAAAUAGACUUUUCCCGCAUUGCUCUAAACAAAGGCACCAACUCGAGGCUCGGUUGGACAAAUAUAGUGAUUUGUAUGAAAUUGUCCACCCUAACCUCAUCCUCUUUUCUUUAUGUUUGCUUACUGGAGCGUAAUGCGGGAAAGGUCUAUAAAAUGAAAGGGUGUAUGUUCAUUUUCCUGCAGAUUUGACGCCGGGUGGAGAUCUGGAUGAAAGCGUUGUAGAAGACAGCCGAUCAACUAGAAAUAUAGGACUUUCGAAAGACAAGAAACCAAAAAAGAAAAAAGUGCGAAAAGUUCUUAGCUGGAAUUUUUAGUGAAUUGAUAGAUUAUUUAUUGAAAGAGUAAAGUACAGAUCAUGUAAAUUUUAAAAAAAAUACAGAAAUUCUCUCUGAGAAAAUUCGGUUCUAGUGGAGGUUUUCUCUAUAAACAAAGUUUGAAUUUUAGUUGUAAUGUUUCUUAUGUGUGUAAAUAUUAGAAUCUUGUUAUUUUAUAAGAGCUUAAGAUUUAUCAGCGGAAGCUAUCGUGAAGCGUGAUUGUUUCAGGUGUUUAUUUCUAUAGCCAAAGUAUACUUGAAGAUGUAUUUAUUGCUAAAUGUCAGGCUAUUGUUAUGUAAAGAAUAACAGUGCGUAUAGACUAGUUGUCUUUGUGUUCAGACAUUUACUGAAAACGAAUGCGGGAGCUUUACUACAUCCCGCGUCUACGGUUAACAAAAGCUCAGGCUCUGUCUUCAGCCGUGGUUGUCUGGACGCCGGCUUUUUUCCUUACUUCGCCAUUAGGGUUGAAACUCGGCCGAGGGAAAAUCUGCGGGCCUAAACCAAGGGGAAUCAGGUUUAAAAUGUUACACAUUUAAUAUCGCUGCGUGUGCAUCGAUUCAUCCACGGUUGAAGACCGAGCCUUUGAAAAAUAGAACGUGCGCUUUCUUGGCGCUAACGAAAUAUGGAACGCGGCCUCUUUAGACUAUAAUCUUGAUUAAGGUUGUAUUCAGUGUCUUCGCGCUGUCUUGCGUACAGAAUAGAAAAAAUAGGGUGCGAACCGCUUCAUAUUUUCAGUAAUUUUCGAGACCUUUCAAUCUUGAAGGGACGUUUUAAUUGUGUGCUUGCUGUUAUGUAAUAUUGCCGCUUCCAAGCUACAAACAAUUUUGUACUGGCAGUACAACUCCAACUUAGCAUAGAACAGAUGAACAUGAUUGUAAAAUAGUUAUGGAUGUCACUAAAAGAUACAAGAUGUGAAUUUCAAGAGUGAAUUAUUUAUCAAAUAUAAAAGAGAAUACAAAAUAAUAGGCAGU